AUGCCUCUGAUAUUACUUGUUAAUCAGUUGCUGAAGUUUGAUAGGGUGCCUCUCAAUGGUUUACCUUCAGAAUUCAACACUUUUAGGUGUGUUAUGAGAUGUCAAGAAAGUAUGCUCUCAUUCAAGGAGUUUCACUGUCAAUUGCUUGUUGAAGAAAUAAUUAUUGAAUAUUCUGGUCAUGCUUGCUAUGGAGGUUCAGAUGAUAUAGCAGCCCUUGCAGAUGUUGUCAUGCCUCCCCUGUAG